AUGCUGUGGCUGAAGGAUGCGACACUACAGGCGCAACUGCAGUCAGUCAUCCAAGCAGACCAAGCAGAAGUGUUGGUAGCCUCGCCCGGCCAGCACGGGAGCCAGUUGGCCUCCAUUCAGAAUGAUCCAAGAACUUCUGUCGUGGAUGUGGCACAUCCUGACACCGUGGCUAGACAGCAACGAGAGCUGGAGUCCUUGAGAAGCCAGCUCGCUUCCAGGAUUGCUUUGAGCGAAGAAGCCGAGACCUUGCACAAUCAGAGGCUAGAGUCAAUGCAGAAGGAGCUUGCAAACACGGUUUCCUUACUCAAUGAGGCAAAAGUGGCCAAAGGACAGGUUGCAGGAGAAUUGGCAUCCCGAAUUGUGAUGCACGAGGAAGCAGAAACCCGGCACAAGGGUUCUAUGGAGUCCAUGAAGCAAGAGCUUGCAUACACGGCGUCCAUGCUGCAAGCGGCAGAAGCAGCCAAUCAGAAGGUUUCAGGUGAGCUGGCAUCAAGACUUGCCUUGCACGAAGAGGCAGAGAUGCUGCACAAGCAAAGGCUCGAGUCCAUGGAGAAGGAGCUUGAAACAAUGACCGCCUUGCUGUCAGAAGCAGAAGCUGCUAAGCAACAACUGACAGGCGAGCUGGUGACGCGAAAUGCAUCGCGCGAAUCUGAGACGUUGCACCGUCAGCGGCUGGAGUCUGCUGAGAGGGAGCUAGCUAGCACGGGUGAGUUGCUCAACGAAGUGCUUGCAGAAGCAGAUGCCGAAAAAGCCAAACUCACGGGGGAGCUGGCGUCCAGAAUUGCUUCGCACGAAGCAACCAAGGCCAGACAUGCGUGCAUUCUGGAGUCCGUGCAGGGAGAGCUUGCAAGCAUGACCACUUUGUUCAAUGAGACCAACGCAGCCAAAGAUUCGAUUUCAGCUGAACUGACCUCUCUGCGCGAUGCGACAUACAUGGCGAACACACUUUUGGCACUCAGCCGACAGCACUAUCACCAAGUGCUUCUAUCGCAGCUACCUCUUAUCCCACCGCAGGCCACAGUGAUAUCCAGAGACUUGGCCAGGGAUGAGCCGAAGUAUAAGGCUCUGACGGAGAUGUUCCAUGGCUCAAUGGUGAAACAUAGAGCUUCCUCCAGGUCAGGGUACUGGUGCUGUGCACCACGAGUUUCAGUGACUCGAAUUUGUGAGUUGUUUCAUGCGGACAAGCAACAGGAGUACGAGCAAGCCCGACGUGCUAGAUGUUCUCGGGGCGAUUGUGGUGACUGCACUAGGAUCGAUGGCAUGACAGCCAUGAAAUGCGAAGUGCCGCCAUAUUGGAAGGACAUGAACGAAUACCUGCUGUAUCAUGGAACGAGCUUCCGGAAGGCAGAAGGCAUCCUGCGAACGGGCUUCGAUCCCCAGCGUGGCGGAGAUAUGACAGGCUCCAUGUUUGGUAAAGGCACGUAUUUCGCUCAGAAUGCUUCAAAAUCGGAUUUCUACACCACAUGCAAUGAGUGCACUUCAGACAACUGCAAGGAGUGUCGCCAUGCACAGGGUGAGAGAUGCAUAUUGGUCGCACGAGUGCUGCUUGGAGAGAGCUUCGUUGAAACGGCCCCUACUGUAGACACGAAGCAUUGGAUCAAAGCACCAGACCAGUGCGACGGCAAUCCCUACGACUCUGUCACUGGAGCAUGCAGAGCACAUGGGGGCGUAGUGGAUCACAUGGAGUUUGUGGUGUUCAAGGAGAGCAGAAUGCAUGUACAGUUUCAGAUCUUCUACGCACAUGAUGCGAGCUGCAACUGCAGCAAUUGUAUUUAUCGUCACAGGCAAUAG